AUGGGCCGUCAAGGAGGCAGCGAAGAGAACAAGCUGCGAGGCUACAAAGCAGCCGUUCACAACGAGAGGGUCUCUGAGCCCGCCAAACACCACGCCCAGGAAGAAGUCGACCGGCUAUCCCGUCAUCAAAACAACGACGAGCGCCACGAGCAAAAUGUGAAGCGUGGGCUGAGAUCGGCCAUCCACAACCCGCGUGUCACGGACGAGGGCCGCGGCAGCGCGGCGCAUAAAUUGGAGGACAUGGGCGAGCCGGCUGAGUAG